UUUUGCUGAGGCAUUGUCGCUCAUCUGCAACAUCCUCCUUCCAAAAUGGCUUCUGGAUCCCCGAAAAAGACACCGAGCCCUCGUCUUCUGCUCAGGGAAAGACUGAAGCCUGAGACUCUGCUUCCCUCUAAGUUCCAGAUUCUCAACAUGAAGAAGGAGGAUACUCCCCACGGCACUGUGGGGAGUAUUCUGCCCAGAAUUAGCCCAUUUCUAGACAUGAGCGAGACUCGCCCAAAGCUGCCACCAGUUGCCCUGAAACAGAGCUUGUUUCGGGUUUCCCCACCAGAGAUGGUAUUUCAGAACUUCGUCGCCCAUGAGGUCUCUGAAAUGGCACUGUCCUUCAUGAAUAAGGACAAGAUUUCUGGGAUGGUGAAGGUCUGCAUGGAGAGCUCACCUUAUUUCGAGCUGGCGUGCCCCAGUGAUGUGUACCACAUCGUGCCACCGGGCGCGUCUGCCCGUGUGCGCAUCCGCUUUACCCCUGAUGAGAUCAAGGAUUAUUCCCACGAGCUCGUCUGCAUGACUGCAAAGGAAAGGAUAGUUGUGCCAAUUCGGGCCAUUGGUGCCAAAGCUAUCCUGGAAUUCCCUGACCACCUGGACUUCCUGAAGUGUCCAGUCAAGUACAGCACCCAGAAGACUCUGCUGGUUCGCAACACUGGUAACCUGGAAGCUCAUUACCAGCUGAGCACCCAGAGUCCUUUCUUCGUGGUUCCAGCCACGGGAACUCUGGGCGCUGGUGACAGCAUGCAGGUGACAGUGGGAUUUCACCCGCUGACGAAUGGUGACCAUUUCGGGUCCCUGGUAGCGUGCUGCAACACAGGUGAAGAAAGGAUCCACACAAAGCUCCAUGGAGAAGCUGUAGAUCUCAACCUUGGGUUGAGCACAAGUUCCGUGGAGGUUGAGAAGACUUUCAUCACCAUGUCAAACCACACAACCGUGUUCAUCGAAAACAGGAGUAACAUCACAGCCCACUUCCAGUGGAAGACUUUUCUUGAUGAGGAAGACGAGAAUGAAGUGAAGAGGAGGCAGUGUAAUUCGCUGCGCGUGCCAAGUGAGGUGUGGGUGGAAACUUCCAUGGAGGAGGAAAAAAUACGGAAGGUGAAGGGCUUUUGUAAAGAUCGCAUUGGCAUCCUGAAGAGCGUGGUCGAGGAGGAGGUGGCAAAGGUGCAACAAGACCCCAUGCUGUUCUCCGAUGAAGUUUUUUUCAUUGAGCCAUUGGAGGGAGAAAUUGGGCCGCAUUGUUCGGCCGAAAUCAAGGUGACCUUCAAACCCCUAGAGGCACUGAAGUACCAAAGUAUGGCUUACUGCAAUAUCUCAGGCUGUGAGAGCAGGAUGACCCUUCGCCUCAAAGGGGAAGGCCAAGGACCUUUGCUUGAAUUCAGCUGUCCUUCACUGAAUCUUGGGAAAAUUCUUGUUGACACCCUCCACGUCUAUGAGGUGAAGCUGAUUAACCAAGGAGCUAUUGAUGCUCCCUUCACCUAUAUCCCUUCAACCAGGAAGGGAUUCUGCUUCAAGUUUGCACCUGAGGAGGGCAUCAUUGCACCAGGUGGGAUCCAGACUAUUCAGAUCUCCUUCAAUGCCACCGUGUUGGGGAUGUUUGAGGAAGAAUUCCAGUUCAGUGUGGCUGGAUCUCCUACACCUGCCAUCCUGACCAUCAGGGGGUGUGUCGCUGGACCGACUUUACACUUCAAUGUCGAUGAGCUCAGCUUCGGGGACAUCUCCUUUGGCUUUCCCUACACCAAGAGCUUUCGCCUGACUAACACCUGCCCGGUGCCCGUGACGUUCAAGCUCCGCAUGUUGGACGAUGACACGCAGCCUGCUGUGAAUAGCUGUGAUCAAAUACACAGCGACAGUGACCCAUCCGGGACGGAGGGAAUUCAUUUUUUCCCGGAGCCAAGAGAGUUUACAAUGAAUCCCAUGCAAGGGACCAUCCUCCCCCAGGGACACCGGGAUAUCAAGGUGACCAUGUGUUCCAAAACCGUGAUGGAAUUCUGCCGGAAAAUGCUGGUGGACCUGGAGGGUAUUGGCGAGGGAGUGGCAUCCCUGACCAUCACAGCCAGGUGUCUCGUUCCUGAGCUGUACGUGUACCCUCAAAUCCUGCUGUAUGGUAAAUGCCAGCUGAAGGAGCCAUAUGAGAGGAAGUUCAUCAUUGGGAAUCCCACUGACCUUCCUGGCUGCUACAGGCUUAUUCCCCAGAAAUGCGAGGAGGACUCUCCUGUGCUCUACUCCAGCCCCAAACCCUAUGGGAUUGUCCAGCCUCGCAGCACUGUAGAGAUUCCAGUUAUAGUCAAAGUCCAAACACUGGGCGAGCAUCGCACCAACGUUCUUGUCGGCGUGUUCGGGGAUGAGAGAAACCCACGGAGAAUAGAACUACAGAGCUCUGGAUGCCUGGCAAAAAUCCGCCUAAGUGAUCGCAAGAUAGACUUUGGCGAGGUCCCAUUAUUACAGCCUACUUCACGAAGCCUUACCCUCUUGAACAAUGGUCUCGUCCCUGUAGACUUCAGGCUAGAGAUCGAUCCCACACCCCACUGCUUUGCCGUUGAGCCCGAAGAAGGAGUGAUCCCUGCUAGGGGCAAGGUUCCUGUGACUGUCACAGCAGCCCCGAAUGACACUCGGCUGUUUGCUGGCAAUGUCCAGCUGUUCAUUGGGAACAGCCUUUGGACCUCCUGUGUGCUGGAGCUAACAAAUAGAGGCAACCGUGUGCAUUGGCUCUCGUGGAAAGCGAAAUGCUACAGCCCACCUAAGGGGAAGGACCAGAGUGUCUCAGCCCUCAGCAGCCCCAAAGAUGCUUCCCAGAGCCCCAAACGUGCCGCCCCCGUGUUUGAGGUGGAGCUACCGACGGGGACACUGCAGCCAGGCGAGUCUGUGGACAUGGUGCUGCGAGGCUUCUCCCACAUCUCGCAGGAGGUGCAGGAUUAUGUGUUCUGUGAAGCUGCCAUUGGGAUAACCAGCCACAAAGAGAAGAUAAUAGAAAUAAUCAUUACCUGCAAGUUCAUUCACCCCUCUAUAGAAGCAUCAGCCAGUCAAUUCUCUUUCCGGGUGGAGAAGAAACCCAGUGAUGUCCUGACGCUGCAGUACCAGCCUUUGGCUUUAAAAAACACCUGCCUGCUGCCACUGGACCUUAUGCUGGACUUGGAGCAGCCAUUCCUGGUCUGUGAUGAGGACCAGAAGCCCCUCCCUGACGGCCAGGUGAGCAGCCCUGGACUCCUGCAGUGGGGUCUGAAGAGGAGGGAUGUGGUGGUGCCUUUCUGUUGGGAGCUCCUUGAGUCAAGAAGUUUAUUCUGCAGUAUCAGCAUGUUUGUGUCCUUGCAGCCUGUGACAGUGGGUGUAGGGGAGACCUGUCAUCUCUACAUCGCAUUUGACCCAGCUUAUAAACUGGAUUUUAAGAGCUGGAAAAUAGAGAAGGUUCUGAAGAUAGACAUGGUCAGGGGCCAUCCUUUUGUGGAGCGUAUCACCCUUCGGGGAGAAGUCCACUUCCCAAGUCUCCGAAUCCAGCCCGGCACCCUGGAGAUUGGCUGCAUCGUGGCUGGCACUGAAGAAGUGCGUUCUCUGAAGAUCACCAACCGCAGCCCACUUCCCGUCGAGUACCACUGGUCAUUCCAUUCGGACAGCCAGGUGAACAAGUUGAGAUAUGAGCCUUACCCACCUAAAUUCAAACCCCAACCACCAAAGGGGAAGAGAACCUAUUUGGGUUGCCUGUCAUCUCAAUGGAGACAGUUCAAGAUUGGAAGGGAGGAGGCAGCCAGAGCCCUGAAAGAAUUGCAGGAUUUUAACCAAUCUUUAGGAACAGAGGUGCAAAUACAACUGCCUGAACCCCCUCGCUUCCCACGAGAGUUGGUGGGAUUCAGGCACUCCGUGGACAUGCCACACACUCCCCUCGAAGUGGAGAAGGCUUUCAGUAUCGUGCCAGUGUCAGGUGUGCUGCAGCCGGGAGAGAGCCAGCAGGUCUCCUUCACCUUCUUUGGCCACCUCAACACCAUCUGCAAUGUCACGGCGCUGUGCCACGUGGAGGGAGGCCCCACCUACGAGGUGGUGGUGACCGGAGAGGCCUCACGUGUCAGCUACUCCCUGAGCUCCCGGGAGAUCGACUGUGGCUCUCAGAUGUUUAAUGAAAUUCAUCACCGCACAGUCACCCUGGCAAACACUGGCAAGCCUGAAUUCAACUGGGUGCUAAAGCCUAGCACUGCCGACCAGCGUCUGCCUGGCGUGUUUCUGGUCAAGCCCACCACUGGCUCCAUUGCACAUGGUGAGAAGCAAGUGCUGAAAUUCUCUUACAUGCCGGGAUUACCAGGAGCCUUCAGCAGGACUUACCAGCUUAAAGUGGGUGACCUGGACCCAGAAAAUAUCUGCCUGAAAGGAGAAGCGUCCUUUCCCAUGAUCAGGGUGAACCUGCCCUGGAACAUCAAAGGAAAUGAAAAAGAUGAGAUCACUAAGAGUCAGACCUCGAAGACUCGGGAUCCAAAGACUCAGGGCCUGAAGCCCCACAUCCCUCGUUCUGGCAUUGUAUCAAACACUCAGCUGCAGAUAGAGAUGAUGAGGAUGCUGAUAGAGAAGCCUUCUCUGGAGCUGCAGAAAAAGCUCCCAUCCCAUGCCCUGAAGAGCAGGUUCACUGACAAGGGGCUGUGCCAGCGUCUUGUCAAAGUUAACCUGCUCGAGUAUGUCCUGGACAUGGGCCCUGUCCUGAAGGGUUACACUGAGACACACACUCUGAAGAUCACCAACCCUGGGCAGAUCUAUGUGUCCUUCCAGGUCAUUGUAUCUGUCCUGCAGGACACAGGUUUCAGUGUGGACCUGAACAAGAUGGAGGACCUGCCCCCCAACCACACCGUGGAGUUUGAAGUGCGCUUUGAAAGUGCCCACCAGCCACAGCGUGACGUGGAUGUGCUGCUGCCCAUAAAGGUGACAAAAGGCCCCACGUAUAACAUCCGCCUCCGUGCCACUGUGUCUGAAAUGUCGCUCGACCUCUCCAAGAAGAGACUGCACUUCUCUGACAUCCUUGUUGGGCAGUGCCAGGUCGAGACCAUCCGACUCUACAACUGGUUCCGAGUAGCCUGCAAAUGGUCCAUCGAGCGUGUUCCGAAGAACAAUCACCUCAAAUACAUGACAGUACGUCAGAAGCGGCAGGCGCUGGAGGAUGAGCCCUGUCCCUUUGAAGUGACGCCCUCCAAAGGAACCCUUGGUGCAGGAAAGUGGCAGAACUUGCAAAUCCAGUUUACACCCGAGGCGGAGAGCUCUUACAGGAAUGAGCUGGAGCUUAACAUUUGUGGGAGCAGCAGUCACUUAAAGCUGCACCUCUCAGGAGAAGGUCUGGAGCCACGGUUGGAGUUCAGCCCCCCAGCACUAAAGAUGGGAUGGAUGCUGGUGGACAGUGAUGGGCUGGAGGCCACAGUGGUGGUGAAGAACCCAUGCAACUUCCCCAUUGAGUUUUACUCCCUGGAUUUUGAUGAGCAGUACCUUGAGGAGGAGAAGAUCCUGCGGAUGGCAGUGGGGUCCGAGUAUCAAAAGUGUUUUUUUAUGCCUCCACGUGCCGUGGGUGAGACGCUGCCCCCAGAGGUGCUGGAGGACCAUGAAGCACAGAGGAGGCCGAAGGCUCAACAGGCAGAGCUGAAGGCCAUGGCAGAGGCCAAGGCCAGGGCUGAGGCUGAGGCCAAGGCCAAGGGCAAGGCAGCACCAGCACAUCGCAGGACUCUCACAUUCUGUCCUGAGUCCAUGCUGAAAGUGACUGGCAGUCCCAUCUCUCGGGCUGUCAUGCGCCACCUGGGCAUUGACCCGUCUUCAGAGAGGCGUGAAGCGCAGCAGCACAGAGGGAUUGUUGUCAUCCUCCAUGGGCCACCCCGGACAGGAAAGACAGAGAUAGCAGCAGGCCUGUGUCAGUAUUAUGAUGCUGCUUACGUGUCCAUUGACACCGUGGUGAAAGAGGCCAUGGCCAACGAUGGGAGCCCAGCAGGGCUCUGUGCCCGGGAGCUCUGCACCAAGGCUGCCAUGGAGACAAAAGACAAAGACAAAGGUGAAAAGUCUCUGACCAAGAAUAAAGAAGCCUCUGGGGAAAAAAUCAACAAGAAGGAUGCCAAAGGCAAGACCCCUUCAGCACAAAAGAAGAAGGAGCCAGGCAGCAAACUCGACAAAAAGGACACCAAGUUCACAGUUUCCACUGCUCCUGCGCCGCAGCAGCUGAACAUCAGCAGCAGUCAUGGGGAAGAGCUGAACUGCUUGAGCUGUGUGCUGCCCGAGGACCUGCUGGUGGACAUCCUCAGUGAGAGGCUGAAGUGUAAAGACUGCUACAAGGGAGUGGUCUUUGAUGGCUUGGAAAGCCUCUUUGCAAGCAGCCUGGAAUCUUCUCUUCUCUGUGUACUCAAAGCUGUCAAAAAUCGUCAUCACAUCUUCAUAUUGAACCUGCAUCAGGAUUAUGCUUCUUGGAAAGCCAGGGUUGAAGCUGAAAGAGAGAAGAAAGAACUGCAGUGGGAAAAAGCUAUUGAGAGGAAGAGAAAACCUUUAUUGCAAAUGACUGAGGAUGAGUAUGACGCCCUCCCUGAGAAGAAGAAAGCAGAAGUGGAUAAAAUAUUCCUGGAAUGGGCGCGCAUACGGAGGAAGAGGCAACUGAAGCAGCUGGCUCAAAAGCUUGAGGAGGAGGCAAAAGCCUUAGAGGAGGAAGAGAGGCGGAAGGAAGAAGAGAGGCAGAAGGAGGAAGAGAAGCGGAAGAAGGAAAAGAAGGGUGUCUCUGUGGGGAAGCAACCUCCAAAACCAGAGAAGGGGAAAACCAAAAUCCCAGAGAAGAAGGAAAGCAAAAUCCCAGAAAAGAAGGAAACCAAACCCCCAGAGAGGGAGGAAACCAAACCCCCAGAGAGGGAGGAAACCAAACCCCCAGAGAGGGAGGAAACCAAACCCCCAGAGAGGAAGGAAACCAAACCCCCAGAGAGGAAGGAAACCAAAAUCCCAGAGAAGUGGAAAUACAAAGCCCCGAGGAUGAGCAAAAUCAUAAUCCCAGAGAAGGGGGAACCCAAAGCCCCAGAGAAGGGGAAACCAAAGGCCCCAAAGAAGGGGGAAACCAAAAUCCCAGAGGACCUAUCUGAGAUGGAGAAUUUGAUCCUGAGGUUUCAGAUCUAUGAGUCAUCACAGCAGAACGUUGCAGAGCUUUCCUCCUACUGGGACAGGGUUCAGGGUACCAUGCAGUUACCUGUGAUCCCAAAGGAAAACAACUCCCAGUCUUCACCUGUAAAGAAAGGUCAGAAGACCAAUAAGCCUCAGGAGAAGGUGGAGAAGCCUGAACAAAAAAGGAGUCUUCAGUCAUCUCAGCUGGAGAUGCAAAGCGAAGUUGCAGAGGGGGCAGUCAGAGACGAGCAUGUCGGGGUGCCGUGCCUGGACAUCCAGGUCUCAGAUCCAAAGGCCACGAUCAGGGAGAUCCUGAGGGAUGGGACGCUGCCAACGGAAGACGAGGUGCUGCAACAUGUGGGACUGCAUCCCGACGGGCCUCCCCUGCCCCCUGCUGCUGUGCUCUCCAUAGUCGAGUACCCAGAGGAGCGGCUGGCCUCUGCAGAGCGCGUGGAGCCCUUCGCCAUUGUGGCACCGGGAGGUGCUGCUGUGGAAGACAGUCUGGCCAAGGCCCCUGAUGUGAAGGGCAGUUCUGCCGAGGGCCGACCAAAGACAGGUAAAGCAGCCAGCAGAGACAGCUCUGCAAAGGAGAAGCAGAUCUCCACACGGAGAACAGAAAGUCCCCGGGAUUCCUCUGCAACAAGAUCCAAAAGUACACUGGAAAGUGCCUCAGUCCCCACAGAAUUCCUCAGGCUGAAACGGUACCGGUGGAUAGUGCCUGCCCACGGUGAGGUGGAACUGAAGGUCCAGUUCUCCGCCAAAAAGCCAGGGAAGUUUGAGCAGACACUGAGGUUUGAGCUCGUGCAGACAAAGCGCCAGUACGAGCUGCCCUGCCGUGGCACCGGCCUGUACCCCAGCAUCAGCCAGAACCCACGGGUGGUGUUUCCACAGUGGAGGGAGACCAUGGAGGAAGAUGAAAUCAUCUUCAAGGAAUAUGUUGAGAGCACAAAGCAAUUCCACUUUGGGCCGCUGCUGUGUGGGAAAUCAAGAGACUGGUACAAGGCCCAGAACUGUCCCGGCAACUCGGAGAAUAUAACCAUCCUCAACAACUCCCCCAUGGACGUAGAGGUCCAGUUCUCCUUUGAGAAUGAUGGGAAAGCAGAGACGUUCCUUUUGGACCCUCCCAGCAUGGCACUGAAACCAAAGGAGAAGCAGGAGCUGACCAUUUGGGCAUACCCCACUUCCCCUGGCUUCCUGGAAGACAAACUCAUCUGCAGCAUUGGGAAGAACCCGGACCCAGUGGUCUUCAGCCUGUGCUGCCAUGGGGUGCACGUGAAGCUGGAGGUCAGCCCCCUGGAGCUGUCUUUUGGCAAGCUGCUUCUGCACAGGACUGACAGCAGGACCUUGGUCCUGAGAAACGACAACCUGCUGCCCAUGGCCUGGCAGCUCAAUGGGCUGGAUGACCUUGCUGAGGACUUCUCCUUGUCCCAAGAUAAAGGCACCAUUGAUCCCCGCUCAGAGUUUGAAGUGGCAGUGCAUUUCAAGGCCAGGCAGAUUGGCAGCAUUAAGAAGACCCUCCGACUAGAGGUUUCAGAUACAGAAAAUGUCCUGGGGAUUGUUCAGGCUGAAAACAUCAAAAUCUCUGCAGAGGUCUAUGAGGUUUCUCUGAGCAUUGACAUGCCCAAAGGUUCAGAUGGAAGCUUGGAAUUUGGAACCAUUAAUGUCCUGGAUAAUGUGAAGAAAGUCCUGAGGCUAAAGAACAAAGGGGUAUACAACAUUGAGUACAGUUUCACGCUGAAGGGUGCAGUUCCCGGGAUGCAAAACGUGGCAUCCUACUUCACUGUUGAGCCUCAGUCAGGCAUGCUGACUGCCUCCCAGCCUGGUGUGAAUAUUGAGAUACUCUUCCACCCCACAAGUGAAAUCCUUCUCAAGAACAAGCCCAUCCUGUACUGCCAGGUGAUAGAUGCCAGCUCAGGUGAAGGAGGCCAGGUUGUCACCAACAUCCCAGUGAUGGUGUCAGCAAAAGCUGAGUACAGCAAGUACAGCAUUGAGCCUGCCUCACCCAUCGACUUCGGUGCCGUGAUCAAGGGCACCAAGGAGACCCAGACUGUCGUGCUGGAGAACAAAGGCAUGCUCGGCUUCAAAUUCCGCAUCCACCGAGCACCCAAGGAGGCAUCUGCAUUGGAAAGCAAAAGUUCAAAGCAAGGGGAAUCUGCUCCAUCGCCUACAAAGCACUCAGCAAAGAAAUCAAGCUCCUUGACACAGGGUCACCUCAAUCUUGGCAUGUUCACGGUGUCCCCCUGCUCCGGCUCCAUCCGUCCCCGGGGCCAGCAGAAGAUCACAGUGGAAUGCCUUGCAGAGCAGGAGGGGACAUGUGAGGAGCAGCUCUACAUUGACAUCCUGGGCAGAGACCCUAAGGACAAUCCCCUCGGCAUUCCCUUUACCUUGAUUGCCGAGUCCUGCGUCCCAGGACUCAUUGAGGAUGUCACGUUAAUCUUCAAGGAGUACCCGAUCUGCAGCAGCACCGACCUCAGACACAAGAUGCAGUCGGUGAAAGGCACGGGCCUGUUUGUCAGAGAUGAGAACAGAUUCAUCUUCAACAAUGUUCUGGUUGGGCAAGAGGCUGUAGCUCAUUUCAGUAUCUAUAGUGCGAGCAGUCUGCCAUGUGACGUGGUCCUCUCCAUCACACCCCUGCCUGGAAAGGAACAAAUCCCUAUCAAAAACAUUUUCAAUUUGGAUCCAGUCAAGAUGUCCGUUCCUGGCUCAUCUUAUGCCAUUGCUACGGUGACCUUCACCCCGCCAGAUGAGCAGAACUACAACUGCACAUUCACGGCUUCCCUUGUCAUCUGCCAGCUGAAAUUGUUUCUGUGCCUCUCCUGCAGCUCUGUGAAAAUCAAACCCCAAACCCUGACCUUCACCAUCAGCGGGAGGGGGCACGAGCCGCAGCUGACAGUCGUGUGCCCGAGUGCUCGCAGCGAGAGGGGAAACGCCGUGCUGCGCUUCAAGAGGCUCCGGCUGGGGGAUUCAGAGACGCUGCCCCUGGUCAUCCGUAACAACGGCAGCAUACCUGUCAAGUUUAUGUUACACCUGGAGGAUAAGCAUGGAGCGUUCUUCUUGAAAGGCAGGGCCUCCACACUCAGGAUAUUCCACACUGAAGAUGUGGAAGAGGACUCCGUUGGAAACGAGAGCAAGCCCCCGAAGAAGCCUUUCUUCCUUCUGCAUUGCGGGCAAUCGACAGAGUUUGAUGUCAUUUUCAAACCCACGCGGGCUCGACGUCUGGAAGGGGAGAUUUGUCUCUUCAUGGGGGACAUGUGCUCUAACAAAACCCUAGUAGAGCUGGUGGGUGAAGGCCACAAGGAUGGAUUCACCCUCGAUGGCCUAGAGGAAGACACAACGGAGGGGAAUGCUGAGAGCAGUCUGAAGAAAGACAUCAUUGAUGCUGUCAGAAUGAAUCACCUCCAGUUUGGGGACUGUCUUGUCGGGAAGCGCUGCAGCAGGACCUUCACCAUCACCAACCACACCCGUAGGAAGGUCAUGCGCUUUGAGUGGGAGGCAGACGCCCCAUUCCAGUUCUCCCCCAAGGUGGGACACCUCCAUCCUGGCUGUGCCAAGGACAUCACAGUGACUUUGAAAUCAGAUGUCCCAGCCACCUUCAGGAGGCACCUUGUGAAAUGUAAGGUGACCAAGAUCGACUUUGAGCUGCCACAAAGGGAGGUUCCUGACUGGGAUGACCGAAUGUGCACUGUCUCAUGGAAGAGUACCACCAGGAAAGACUCGGGAGACAAAUUCCCUAAAAUAGAGAAGGUGGUCGAGAUAGACCCAGAACCGGCUCACACUGUGGUGGAGGAGAGCAGCCAGGAGGCCGAGGUGUACCUCAGUGCCGUUGCUGCCCACAAGCAGUUGAAGCUGAAGACGAUGGUGGUUCAGUUCAAGGAUACCCAGCCCUCCCAGACAAGGACAACCACUUUCAAAAUUCACAACGCAGGGAAGGAAGCCCUGGAGUACUCCUGGGAUUAUGCCGCAGAUAGAGAACCAGUGAACAAGCCAUUCUCAUUCACUCUGAUGCGUCGGUUCCUCUCCGAUGAAACUGUAAAGCAUCGCAGAAAGCUGCUGCUUAGUUACUGGUGGGACCUGGAACAUCCUCCUAAGAUAGUUCCUAAAGUGCGGCAGCGGCGGCCUGACAGGAGGCUGCGGUUAGCCAGAUUGCGGCAGCAGCGGCGAGACCGGCAGUGGCGCUGGGACUGGAUGUGGCAGUGGCAGCGGCAGAAUAAGGAGAUGCAGGAACUGAGGCUGCAGCUGCUGCAGGAAUUGGAGCAGCAGCAGCGGGAUUCCGAGCAGCAGCAGCAGCGGGAUUCCGAGCAGCAGCAGCAGCAGCAGCGGGAUUCCGAGCAGCAGCAGCAGCAGCAGCAGGAUUCCGAGCAGCAGCAGCAGCAGGAUUCCGAGCAGCAGCAGGAUUCCGAGCAGCAGCAGCAGCAGGAUUCCGAGCAGCAGCAGCAGCCCAAGCAGCCAGAUCCUUCCAAGAAGAAACACCGCUCAAAGCAAAAGCAUGUCUCUCUGCAGCCUGUCAGUUCCUCCCUGGAAAUCUUCCCAGAUUUCACCCAUGACGUGCCACUGUUCUCCAUCAACCCCUCCUGUGGCGUCCUUGCUCCUGGCCAGAAGCAGACCUUUCAUGCGCAGUUCUCCCCAAAGUGUGUGGGGAAGUUUAAGGCCACCGUGCUGUGCAGGAUUCCUAACCUGAAGCCAACUCAGAAGAGGGUGCGGGUGAUUUUGAAAGGCACAGCCCGGGAGGAGAAGAGUCUUGGUAAACCUGAAGAGUCUGUGUUACAGCAGACAGAGCAAGGCCAGACACCCAAGAAGCAGGUGCACGGGAAACUACCACCUGAGUGACAGCAUCUGUGUCAGCUGGAGCAUCCGGCAGGAGCCGGCAACAUCAUCUCUUCUGCUGCUGAUGGUCUCCCACCCUUCACCGGAGACCUCUGCAGCUACCCUUCCAAGCUCCAGUGAAGACCUCUCACUUACCUUUUAGUUACCUAAGUUAAUUAACUAAUUGUUAGUUGUUAAUCAAUUGUUCGUUAAUUGUUAAUUAAACAAUUGGCAAUAAAUCGUUAAUUGUCA